ACUCUCAGUUUUCAAUGAAUCAAUUCAAAGAAAGAAUGCAGUCUUUCUAUACCUGAAGAUUUCACAGCAAUGCUGGACUGCAGUGACUAUGUUCUAGACUCAAGAAUGAACAAUCCGUCAGAAACCAGUAAACCAUCUAUGGAGAGUGGAGAUGGCAACACAGGCACACAAACCAAUGGUCUGGACUUUCAGAAGCAACCUGUGCCUGUUGGAGGAGCAAUCUCAACAGCCCAGGCCCAGGCUUUCCUUGGACAUCUCCAUCAGGUCCAGCUCGCUGGAACAAGUUUACAGGCUGCUGCUCAGUCUUUAAAUGUACAGUCUAAAUCUAAUGAAGAGUCGGGGGAUUCACAGCAGCCAAGCCAGCCUUCCCAGCAGCCUUCAGUGCAGGCAGCCAUUCCCCAGACCCAGCUCAUGCUGGCUGGAGGACAGAUAACUGGGCUGACUUUGACGCCAGCCCAGCAACAGUUAUUACUACAGCAGGCACAGGCACAGGCACAGCUGCUGGCUGCUGCAGUGCAACAGCAUUCCGCCAGCCAACAGCACAGUGCUGCUGGGGCCACCAUCUCAGCCUCCGCCGCCACGCCCAUGACUCAGAUCCCCCUGUCUCAGCCCAUCCAGAUCGCACAGGAUCUGCAACAACUGCAACAACUUCAGCAGCAGAAUCUCAACCUGCAACAGUUUGUGUUGGUACAUCCAACCACCAACCUGCAACCAGCGCAGUUUAUCAUCUCACAGACGCCCCAGGGCCAGCAGGGUCUCCUGCAAGCGCAAAAUCUUUUAACGCAACUACCUCAGCAAAGCCAAGCCAACCUCCUACAGUCGCAGCCAAGCAUCACCCUCACCUCCCAGCCAGCUACCCCAACACGCACAAUAGCAGCAACCCCAAUUCAGACACUUCCACAGAGCCAGUCAACACCAAAGCGAAUUGAUACUCCCAGCUUGGAGGAGCCCAGUGACCUUGAGGAGCUUGAGCAAUUUGCCAAGACCUUCAAACAAAGACGAAUCAAACUUGGAUUCACUCAGGGCGAUGUUGGGCUCGCUAUGGGUAAACUGUAUGGAAAUGACUUCAGCCAAACUACCAUCUCUCGUUUUGAAGCCUUGAACCUCAGCUUUAAGAACAUGUGCAAGUUAAAGCCACUUUUGGAGAAGUGGCUAAAUGAUGCAGAGAACCUCUCAUCUGAUUCGGCUCUCUCCAGCCCAAGUGCCCUGAAUUCUCCAGGGAUGGGAAUUGAGGGCUUGAACCGUAGGAGGAAGAAACGCACCAGCAUAGAGACCAACAUCCGUGUGGCCUUAGAGAAGAGUUUCUUGGAGAAUCAAAAGCCUACCUCGGAAGAGAUCACCAUGAUUGCUGAUCAACUUAAUAUGGAAAAGGAGGUGAUACGUGUUUGGUUUUGUAACCGCCGCCAGAAAGAAAAAAGAAUCAACCCACCAAGCAGUGGUGGGACCAGCAGCUCACCUAUCAAAGCAAUUUUCCCCAGCCCGACCUCACUGGUGGCAACCACGCCAAGCCUUGUGACAAGCAGCGCAGCAACUACCCUCACAGUCAAUCCAGUCCUUCCUUUAACCAGUGCUGCGGUAACUAAUCUCUCUGUUACAGGCACUACAGACACCACCUCCAACAACACUGCAGCCGUGAUUUCCACAGCACCUCCGGCUUCCUCAACAGUCACUUCCCCUUCUCUGAGUCCCUCCCCCUCUGCCUCAGCCUCCACCUCCGAGGCAUCCAGUGCCAGUGAGACCAGCACAACACACACCACCUCCACUCCUUUGUCCUCUCCUCUUGGGACCAGCCAGGUGAUGGUGACAGCAUCAGGGUUGCAGACAGCAGCAGCUGCUGCCCUCCAAGGAGCUGCACAGUUGCCAGCAAAUGCCAGUCUUGCUGCCAUGGCUGCGGCUGCAGGACUAAACCCAGGCCUGAUGGCACCCUCACAGUUUGCAGCUGGAGGUGCCUUACUCAGUCUCAAUCCAGGGACCCUGGGUGGUGCUCUCAGCCCAGCUCUGAUGAGCAACAGUACACUGGCAACUAUUCAAGGAUUGCUUCAUGGAUUGGAGAACUUUCUAACCAAAAAUCUAAAAAAAAAAACAAAAAAAAAAAGGCAGAAACAAAAAAUCAAAAACACAAACAAAAAAAUAAGUGAAAGGACUACUUAUCAUUUCCAGCAGUCAUGAUGACGAGUUAAGGUGGGUUACCAAUUCCAAUAUAGGAAGGGGAUUUCUUGUUUGUCUAAAUUUCUUUUUUUCUUAAAAAAAAAAUCAUUUUUAUGGGUCUGUUGUACAGGCCAUUAAGUCAUAACAAGGUGUUUAUAAUCGUAUCAAUUGUGUUGGGGGUUCCUUUCUUAACUGGUACAAUUUAGGCAGGCCUGUAUUACUGUAUCUCUAUUGUUAUUGUUGUUGUUGUUAUUGUUUUUUAUAUAUAUAUAUAGUUUGGACAUGUUUAUCUCUUGCUCCUGGAUCCUAUUUCAGUGAGCUUCCACACUGUGGGGCGGGAGGGUUUUAGGGUAAGGGGGACUUAACGUUCUUAAUUGCGGGGAAUGUUCUUGCUGGUUUCCUUAUCCUUGAUGACUCUUACAGAGGUGCUAGAAAAUUAUUUUCUUUUGCCACUUAUGCAAGAGGCUUGGUGCAGAAGCUGAAGGCAGUGUGUGCAAACACUCCCACUCCACACACGCCCCCCCCCCCAUCAGGUGGUGCCUUUGGAGCACUUUUGCGUAGGAAGGAAUUCCUGCUGAACUGUAGCUCUCACUCACCCCAAAUCAUUGAAUGACCUGAGGCCCAGAUCCUGUGGUGCAACAGUGCUGCUCUCUGCUACUUUCAACAGGAAUGGCUGUACAUGUUGCAGGGCAGGAUUUGGUUCCGAAGAGCAAAGACUACUGCAGACACCUAACUUGGUGGUUCUCCUGAUUUCUUAUCUCCUGAAAUGCUCUACUGUUGGUGUGUUUGUUUGUUUUUUCCAUUUUGUGGAAGUUUUUCAUCCAAACUUCCUUUAACUUACUUGGCAAAGAACAAAAUAACUUACUGAAAUUGGGAAACUUUUCCCUUCUUUUGUUUUCUGAAGGAACUCUACUAUACUGUUUUCCAUUGGUUAUAGAUCACCAAAAGAGGUGUGAUGAGAAGAGUCUGAGGUUAGCUACAGACUUUCACGAGAUGGCUUAUCAAUUCCUCUAACCCUGAUGCUCUCCUUGGUUCUCUGACUAGAGAAGGCACUCAUUAGCCGGGCAUGGGAUCUGUAGAACCUUUGAAAGACUUUGAGCAGGAACUUUGCACACACCUCAAGUGUCUCCUUGGUUUGUUAGUGAUGCUCCUGCUAGGUAGGUCUAAAUGGCAAUACACAUCUCUCUGUUCAUUGUAGAAGGCGAUUAGCUUCCGUAAUUGUUUUCAGGGUAUUUCUAGAUGAUGUAAAUGAGCCCAUGAAAAGGAAGUGUUUAUGGAAGUAGAUGAAGAGGAAUGAGGGUAACUUGGAAAUUAGAUUCCCCUUUUUGUCAGUGUUCUAUUAUUAUAGUAUCUGUAUCCAAAAAGUUCCCAAAAGACUGGAUCACUGCAGUGCAGCUCAUCUGAGCUCCCUUCUUAUUGGAGUGAAAGGUUCCCAUCUGGUGUUUGUGGGUGCUUGCUUACAUCUCCGGUGGUCCUAUGACUGCACUUUUUCCCCGUUUCGAGCUGGGGGCUGAGAGAGAGCUUACAGGUAAUUUUUCUUCUGCAUGCUCUGCUUAAAUCUACAAGGGAGCUUGGAUUCUGUAUAUUUGUCUCUUCACAAUGUUGGGAAAGGCAGUGAUACAGACACAAUGUGCAUUUUUGUUUGUGAUCAUCCAAGUGGGAGACAGGCAUAUUAAUAUUAAAAGACCAGAAAUGUCUUAGUUCCCUUGUUAAUUUUUCUUCUAUUCCUUCUGUCUUCCCAUUUUAUUUCACAAAGUAUUUAAUUAACUACCCUUCACCUUCCUAAAAUCCCUCCAAAAUCAAUGAACUGCAAGCAGGGAAACUAACAAAUGUCCAUCCACCGUUUUUGUGUGUGGUAUGUAUUUUUUAUGUUGUUUUUUUGACUAAGCUUGAACCAAAGUCAAUUUUUAGCAAGCUGCUGUACUAAUGGACUAGUUUAUAUCGUGCAGUUCAGACACAUUGAGGAGAUAGAUGCUACUGACAAUUUCUUUUUUCAUUUGUCUUUAUUAAUUUUAUAUAAAAGUUGCUGCUUGUUUUAACCUUUUAUGUUGGUAAGUUGUAAUAUCCUCUGGGCAGACAUUAACUUGAUUUUUUAAGUAGUUUAUUUAGUUUGGUGUGUAAAUAGAAUGGCAGUGUCAGUUACUAAUUUUUCUCCUCUUCAUCCUACUAUUUCUCUGAUGUAGUUGAAUUUAAUCUUUUAUCCUGAUUUGACAUCUCUAAUUUUAGUCUGUGCAAAUGAUUUUAGGGCUGUCAGUAAUACUGUAGCUGCCCGUAAUGAUGAGUCCCUCCCUUGGGAGUGGUAAGUUAGGAGGGAAGGAUUCAGGGAGGGAAGUGCUGAUACCCACCAUACUGGAUUAGAGGUUGUAGCAUUAAUUUCCCAAAAUUGCUACCAAAGGAAGUGUUGAAUCCCAAGGGACUCAAGCCCAGUGGAUUAAGAGGAAAAGCAAGGAAAGGCUGUGUUUGUUUGUUUUCCUAUGUGGUUCAGAAAUGCUCCCUCUCCCAAAUAAGAUUCACCAACAGACUUCAAUAUUGAAAAAAAGAUACUAAGCUUUAAAUAUCAGUACAAUGGUCUUCUCUUCCCUGCCCUGUCUAUAUUCUCUAGUUAAUUCGGGAUAGGGGGAUUCUGCCUUUGUGUAUGUGGGGUUGUGGAUCACUUUAUGAAGAUAAAAUUUAAACCAGCAUAAAAGCCUGUGUUUAAAAGAAGAAAUAAAUCCUUAGACAAAGGUAACUUUUAGAAUUUUUCUCUUUUUUUCUCUUAUUUAAAAACAAGUUGUGAAAUGAAAGGUACAUUUACACAUGUACACAUGAAACACUAAAACAGCUUGUUGAUGGGUGUUUAACUUAAAAUUGACUCCCCAUCAUCAUCAUCCCUAGAUAGUCUACUGAUCAUAUUGUGUCAUGACUCAACCUUUAGUCCUUUUUUACUUUAUAUCAUCUUUUUUAUCAUCUCAAGAAAUGCUUUUUGAAUUGAAUGAGUCUCCUAAGCUAAGGUACUCAGACUUAACUUUUAGCCACCUUAUAUGGGAGAGUCUGGAAAUUAAGAGGGACCAUUUGACCAAAAAGAGAUGUUAGAGAUGUUUGGUAGCGUUUCUGCAUUUCUAAGAGGAAGGACCAGAUAGGUCAUCACAGUUCACUGUGUCAUUCUUCUUUUUUUCCCCUUAAUGUUUAUGCAAGUUUUAUUUUAUCCCUGAAUUUGGUUAACACAUAUUAAGCCAAAGACUAAUUCUAAAUGCAUUUAUAGCGAUACUAUAUUUGCCCAUGGUAGUGGGCCCUCCCUAGGGAGUGGUGAAUGUAAUUGUUUGAAUCCUGCUUAUCACAAGCAGGGCAAUUUGGUUGUGAACUUUAUUUGUACCCUGUAUAAAUCUAAAGGACAGCAGAAAGACCUGGAAAAGGGCUUCUCAGCGGAACAAUAUUAUUGUUCCUGAUUUAAGAAAUAUGUUGAGUGCUAUGUUAGUUUAAAUGUUUCUGAAGUUACAUAGGCAGCUUUUUAGAAUUAAAAAAAUUGUUCCUAUCCAUUCAUUACCUGAUAUAAAACACACUUGCUUUUAUUUAUUUGGUAAGAAAGAUCAAUACCAUCCUAAUUUACUCAACUUAUUAUUGAGGAAUGGAACCAAAGGAAUCCAACUUUCGUUUUGUGUAGGACCAUGCUGAUUUGUACUUCAUGGUAGCAUUAUUAGAAAUUAACGUUUUUUUAAAAGGGAAAAUAAUAUUAAUUAAAAGAUUUUUAGUAAGAUUAUUUAUCUUGCCAAUUUGUUCUACACAGUUCAUUCAUUGUUGGGGAGAAAAGCACAAUUGUACCUCUUUUUUACAUUAUUUUGUUCUAUUAGCCCUCAUUUAUUUGGGAAGGUGGGAGAAAACCUUGUCUAUAUUCAGAAGCACAGAUACUUGCUUGACACAAUAUUUAAAUUCAGCCCAAUCUUUAUCAUUAAAUUUUCUAUUUAAAUUGCUGGGAAAGCUGGAUACAUUUGAAAAUGUAGGAAAUUAAUGUAGAUUUUUAAAGUUGUAAAUCCUGAUAGUAAACAUUGCAGUUAGUGUAUAAUAAACACUUGGCUUACAAAAGAAACUCUUUGUUGUUCCUAGUCUAAAGUUGUUCCCAAACCAUGUCAUCCUCACAAAACUUUCUUUACCAAGAAAAAAGUAAAAUCGUUACAAUAGGAAGAAAAGAGAAAGCGGACAGGGAGCAGUCAGCAAGACCUGAGCGCCAGGGCUGGCCGUGAGUAGGCAGGGGUGGGCAGCACCUGGCUCCGACUUCCUGCUGGCAGUCUGCUGUGGCCUUGGACCCCCUCAGGGGCCCCCCAGAAAUCAUUCUGCGAUCUGAGAACCCUCCGUUAAAGAGCCUCAACAAUUAAUUAUGAGAGUUGGUCAAAUACUUUCUCCUUAAUCGGCAUCUAAAAUUGAUGAAUUUAAAGUUUAUUCAUUCAGACCGUGUUUAUUGGAGCUGAAAAAUGUUAAAAAGACCAUCAAUACUAAUGGAGAAAAAGACUAAAAACUUGAAAUUUAAAAUUACUCAAAUGGGCAAGAAUUGAUGGAUUCAUUUGAUCAUAACCAUUAUGAGUUCAUUUUUGUAUGUGUGUGUGAAAAGCAUUUAGUGAAAAGCAUUUAGUUGAAUCACAGCCCUGGCCAUCUAUUUGCAUAGAUGGUGCACACAGUACAAAUGUGAACUUGGACAGAAAUAGGAUAAGUAAACUGCUUUCAUCAUUAAAGGCUGAUACUAAUCCUGUUCUGCCUCAUUCUUUUCUUAAUGUAAAGAGAUCCAAUGGGACACGCCUGAAAUUUUCAGUAAGAUAUUUGAAAGGAUUCCAUCCAAAGGGCAGGGAAUAUGUCUUUUCUCAGAGUUGUCAGGUUUACACCCAGAUUUCCAUACGAUUUGUGAAGUUGCUUUCUUCUGACCAUCCUUAUUCAUGAAGCAGUUCCAUGUGUGGGCUUUUCUACUCUCAGCCUUUGCUCAAAGCAGUAAACCUUAGCAGAUCUUAUGUUGAUUCUGUAAUCUGGAUCUCCUUUCCUCUCUUCCUUCUCUUCCUUUUCUCUUUGAAUGGUGAUACCUUAAUCUGGGAGGGUGAUGCUCGUGGGUAACAGCUAGCUUCUGGCCCCUUCAUAAAAUACCUCAGCAUAGUUUAGCAUUGUUACAGAACUGGUUUUAAACUAAAAACCAAAUAAAUAAGUAAAAAGAAAAAACUUUAUAAAU